AUGGCCGCCGACCACCCGAAGGCGGGGAUAUACAGCGCCACGUACAGCGGUAUCCCCGUCUACGAAUACCAGUUUGGCCCUGAUAUGAAGGAGCAUGUAAUGCGCCGCCGAGAAGACAAUUGGAUCAAUGCCACCCACAUCUUGAAGGCUGCCGGCUUUGACAAACCGGCGAGAACGCGCAUCCUUGAGCGCGACGUGCAAAAAGAUGUUCACGAAAAAAUCCAGGGUGGCUACGGGAAGUACCAAGGGACAUGGAUUCCCCUAGAACAAGGCCGGGCGCUGGCUCAGCGCAAUAACAUAUACGACCGGUUACGGCCCAUCUUCGAAUUCCAACCAGGGAACGAGAGCCCGCCGCCUGCGCCGAGGCAUGCCAGCAAACCGAAGGCCCCCAAGGCUCGGCCUGCCGUUCCGAAAUGGAACAAGGCCCAAGACCGGAAACCCUCUUUCUCACACCCGCACCCUCCCGUUGUUGUGCAAGAAGAGUACGACAAUACGAGCCAGAUCAACGAGGAUGAUAUCCCUGAUAACCUGACCGUUGCCUCGGCGUCUUAUAUGGCCGAGGACGACCGCUACGACAUGUCACAUUUCUCCACCGGCCACAGGAAGCGGAAGCGAGAAGAGAUGUUGCAGGAUAUGACGGAACAGCAGCAUGCUGUGUACGGCGACGAGUUGUUGGACUAUUUCCUGCUCUCUAGAAACGAGCAACCCGCAAUCCGGCCCGACCCACCGACAAAUUUCCAGCCCGACUGGCCCAUUGAUACCGAGAGGCACACUGCGUUGCAUUGGGCGUCUGCUAUGGGUGAUGUGGAAGUGAUCAAGCAACUCAAGCGGUUUGGCGCGGACCUGGCAUCUCAAAAUGUCCGCGGCGAGACGCCGUUCAUGCGGUCCGUAAACUUUACCAACUGCUACGAAAAGCAGACGUUUCCCAUGGUUUUAAAGGAGUUGUUCAGCACUGUGGAUGCGCGGGACGCGUUAGGAUGUACUGUCAUCCACCACGCAACCGUCAUGAAGAGCGGUCGCGUUACCAGCCACUCGUGUUCGCGCUACUACCUGGACAAUAUUCUCAACAAGCUGCAAGAGUCGCGGUCGGCAGAUGAGCUGCAGCAACUGCUGGACUCUCAGGAUAACGAAGGUAAUACGGCGGUGCAUUUGGCCGCCAUGCGGGAUGCGCGGAAAUGCAUCCGGGCGCUCUUGGGUCGUGGCGCAUCAACCGAUAUCCCCAACAACCAGGGAGUGCGAGCGGAGGACCUGAUCAAGAAACUCAACGAUGCCAAGACGAAAGUUUCCCGAGGACCACCACAGCGCUCAUCUAGUCCAUUCGCGCCCGAAUCGCAGCGACACAAUGCCUUCCGCGAUGCUAUCGCCGAGUCCGAUACUAAGCUUCAGGCAAGCUUCCGGAGCGAGGCGGCAAAUACCGUGCAAUCACGGAUCACCCCUCUUGUGUUGCAAAAAUUCCAAGACCUUGCCCAAAGCUACGAGAACGAGCUGGACGAGAAGGAAAGCGCAGAAAAGGAGGCAAGACGCAUCCUUCUCAACACUCAGGCAGAAUUAGCAAACUUGCAAACCAACAUCGCAGACCUGGAAUCUCGCGUCGAAGCCGAAGAGGCGGCCGCAAAGACAGAACCAUACAGGUCGCCAUCAGCAAGGAGCUCGCCACCGUCAACGGCGACACCAGCAAACCCAGCGAAAAGCCCAACGGCCAAACCGAAUCCAAGCCGGACGGCUCCUCCGACAAGAAGCCGCCCUUUCGACCCGCAGGAACGCCUCGAACUGGCCACCGAGCUGCGCACGCUCCUGCAGGACCAGCGCCGCGCUGAGGCCGAGUAUGUCGAGGCCCGCGGCCUGACCGGCACGGGCGAGAAGAUCGAAAAGUACCUGCACCUGCUCAAGUCGUGCCUGCCGCCCGAGGACCAGGAGAUGCUGGACGAGAACCUCGAGGAUAUGAUCAAGAUGAUGGAGGACGAGACGGACGUGCUGGCUGGCGCGGAGGGAGCCGCGGGGCCGGCUGGCGUGGCCGCUGAGGGCGCGGCCGCUUCGGCGGGGCUGCCCGUGGCUGUGCCUGUUGGCUUGGGCGUCGAGGUCUCGGGUUUGUAG